CCGGGCGCAAAUCCAGCUUGGACUGGCCAUCUCCGACGGGCUCUACGACAAUGCUGGGUGGAUGGUGACGCUGCUUUGACUCCUCCGCGCACGCGCAGGGAGGCCUUGCAUUUCCGAGGCAAGAGCAGGAAUCACGACGAUGUCGACGGCGACCGGCCACGAGGGCGGCCCAGAUGGUGGCGGCGACGAUUUUGACCCGAGCCUCUCCACGAUGGCCAAGGUCCCGUCCCGCCCCGGCAGGGUGAAGGCCCCGCGGUCCGUCUCGCGCGCCGCGCCAGCCACGGCGGCGUGCCCGGAGCCCCCGGCGGCCGCGGCGGGCGGCUCCCACAGCCCGUCCAGCCAGCCGAAUUCCUGGGCCGACGGAGCAUCUCACGGGGCCGCCCGGCCCCAUCGCGGCCCCGCGGCCCAAGACCGCGCGCAGAGGAGGAGGAGGAGGAGGAGGAGGAGGAGGAGGAGGAGGAGAGGAGAGGAGAGGGUGCCUCUCUCCAGCCCCAGGCCCCAGCAGCGGUGCGCGCAGCGCGGGUAGCACGAGCUGGCCGUCGCUCGGGCGUCCA